AUGAAAUCACAAAUUUUCGCCAUUUUUAUAGUGUCCAUUGUUGUUUUACCUUGUUGCUUGUGUGCUCGAAUAUCUUCAUCAUCAUCUCAUGCAAGUUUUAACAGCUUCAAUGUUGUUGACUAUGGUGCCCAUGGGAAUAGUCAAAUUGAUGAUUCAAAAGCUUUUUUGAAAGCAUGGAAAUCGGUGUGUGAUGCAAGUCAAAAUGCGCCAACACUUGUCAUACCAAAAGGAAAAACCUUCAUGUUGCAACCCAUUUCAUUUCAGGGUCCUUGCAAACCUACCAAAAUUAACAUUAAGCUUGAAGGAACUGUGAUUGCCCCCAAAAAACUUGAAGGAUGGAAAUGGUCAAGUGAUGAUGAUGAGAAAGAUGCAUGGAUCACGUUCUCAAACAUAAGGGGUCUUGUUAUCAAUGGAGGUGGACAAUUUGAUGGCCAAGGUGCUUCAUGGUGGGGUUGUGAAAAAUGUAACCGACCAACGGCUUUGCGUUUUCAUGGGUGUGAAAACUUAGAUCUUAAUUCAUUGAAUCACAUGAAUAGUCCAAGAAGUCACAUAAGUAUAAACCAAUGUAAUCACUCACAAAUUUCUAAUCUUCGAAUUAGUGCACCAAAGGAAAGCCCUAACACUGAUGGAAUUGAUAUUUCGGCCUCCUCCAAUAUUCUUAUUACAGGAUCUACUAUAACAACGGGUGAUGACUGCAUUGCGAUUAAUGGUGGUUCCUCUUUCAUUAAUGUGUCUUCUAUUUAUUGUGGACCUGGCCAUGGAAUCAGUAUUGGAAGCCUUGGAAAAAAUGGAGCCUAUGAAACAGCACAAGAGAUACGUGUACAAAAUUGCAACUUCAGUAGAACUACAAAUGGGGCAAGAAUUAAGACAUGGAAGGGAGGAUCUGGAUAUGCUAAAAAUAUUAUAUUUGAUAAUAUUAUAAUGGAUGCAGUGGAUAUCCCUGUAAUUAUUGACCAACAAUAUAAAACGGAUGAUAUAAAAGUGAAAAAAGUGAAGGAUGAUAAAGCAGUAAAAGUGAGUGAUGUUACAUUUCUCAAAGUGAGAGGGACCUCAACUUCUGAAGAUCCGGUUCAACUUAAUUGUGAUGCCAUUGGAUGCACCAAUAUUAACUUGGAAGGAAUUGAUAUAACAUCGACCAAUGGGGAGAAGACACGUGCAUCCUGCAAAAAUGUACAAGGGAUAUGCUCUUCAUGCACUCCAAAUGUUCCAUGUCUUUCUAGUCAAAAUAAUUUAACAACUAAUAAGUUCUUGUAG